AUGCCUUGGAACACAUUGCACACCAUGAAAGACAUGGAUGCUGCACAGCAGCACAGACAUACCAGGUUGGACACUGGAGAUGAAGUCAUCCCCAUCACCAAUGACUCAGAUAAUGAUGUUUUCACUGCUCCUGCAAUGGCCUCCCUUGGCAAACCUGUGCAUAUUGAAAGCCAUGGCAACCAUUCCGAGACCAAGACCAAGACCUUGCUGAAUGAUAACAUACCAGUCCUCUGCUGGGCGGUUGGGCAUGUGGCUGCCCUGAAGUUCCAGCAGGAGGAUGACAAAUGGCCCGAUCAGGUUUACCUGAGUGUGGACCCAAUUGUCAAGUCCAACAGUGAUUGUGCUGCUCAGAUUUGUAAUAUGUACUCCAAACCCAAGCAAGGUGGUUCCCUCAUUCCGUUUGGGACAGUCAUUGCCAGCAAGUUCCAGACACCUUUCAGCCCCUUGAAGAACAAAGAUGCUCAACCCUUGGAAUUCACGGCUGUCUAUGAUGCCAUGCAUGGUAUGAAGCCCAAGAAAGAUCUCCGUCAGUACUCAGCAUCCCAUCUCAAAAAGGGAGAUGUGGUUCUCUCCAAGAUGCAUAUCAAGAAGCGUUUCGAUUGCACCUCGUGCAAUUUGGGCUCCCCCAAGAAGGACUGGUCCUACACAGUUGGUUUCACCCUCCAUGCUGUGUAUGUCAUCGAGGUCGGCUCAAUCCCCAAAGAUGAUGACACUGAGGUGGAGUACGACUUCUAG